UCAGGCACUGCGAGGCGCGCGGGGCACGGAGGGCGGUGGCGGCGGGCUCCUGUGAGAAGCGAGUGGAGCUUCCUGAGCGUGCUUAGGUGUCACAGCUGGGUGACCCUCGGAAGGAAGGUUUUGCCGCUGGCGCGUCAGGUGUGUCACGGCCUUGGGACACACGGAUCCCUGGGGCCUGCGGCUGCCUCAGGGGUUCGCGCGGCCCUGGCGUCGGGGCUGCCUCAGCGCUGGCUGAAGGCCGGCCCGAAGCACCCUUAAUUGUGGCCGCGCGCUUCCCUGCUGCUCCUGCUGUUCUCCGCGUCGCGGUGGUGGACUCUGGAGGUGGAGCCUUGCCCGACGAGUCGUUGAGGAGGAAUCAUUAUAGAUUCUAAAAAUAUAUUUUCCCUUCUCUGUGGACUUGGUAUAAAACGUAGCUUUUUUUCUGCUUGGAUUUAUUUUCUAAAAAUCAACACCGUAAACCCAUAUCAGAUACAGCAAAAUUGGGGUAGUUAAACCAUGAGUUGUGGAAAUGAGUUUGUGGAAACAUUAAAAAAAAUUGGUUAUCCCAAAGCUGAUAAUCUUAAUGGAGAAGACUUUGACUGGUUGUUUGAGGGCGUUGAAGAUGAAUCGUUUCUGAAGUGGUUUUGUGGGAAUGUGAAUGAACAGAACGUGUUGUCUGAAAGAGAAUUGGAAGCUUUUAGCAUUCUUCAGAAAUCAGGCAAGCCUAUUCUAGAAGGGGCGGCGUUGGAUGAAGCUCUUAAAACGUGUAAAACUUCUGAUUUGAAGACACCUAGACUGGAUGAUAAAGAGCUGGAGAAAUUAGAGGAUGAGGUUCAAACUCUACUGAAAUUAAAGAACCUAAAAAUUCAGCGACGUAAUAAAUAUCAAUUGAUGGCUUCAGUAACUAGCCACAAAUCUCUGAGGUUAAAUGCUAAAGGAGAAGAAGCCACUAAAAAGCUGAAGCAGAGUCAAGGAAUUCUAAAUGCAAUGAUCACUAAGAUCAGUAAUGAACUUCAGGCUCUUACUGAUGAAGUUACACAAUUGAUGAUGUUCUUCAGACAUUCUAAUUUAGGUCAAGGGACAAAUCCACUGGUAUUUUUAUCGCAAUUUUCCUUGGAAAAAUACCUAAGUCAGGAAGAGCAAAGCACAGCAGCAUUAACUUUGUAUACCAAAAAACAGUUCUUUCAGGGUAUACAUGAAGUAGUUGAAAGUUCAAAUGAAGACAAUUUUCAACUUUUAGAUAUACAGACACCAUCUAUUUGUGAUAAUCAAGAAAUCCUUGAGGAGAGACGACUAGAGAUGGCUAGACUGCAGCUCGCAUACAUUUGUGCUCAACGUCAGUUAAUUCACUUAAAAGCAAGUAAUUCGAGCAUGAAGUCAAGUAUAAAAUGGGCAGAGGAGAGUCUUCACAGCCUAACCAGCAAGGCUGUGGACAAAGAAAAUUUGGAUGCUAAAAUUUCUAGCUUGACCAGUGAGAUUAUGAAACUUGAAAAAGAGGUCACUCAAAUAAAAGACAGAAGUUUACCUGCUGUGGUAAGAGAGAAUGCCCAGUUAUUGAAUAUGCCAGUGGUAAAGGGAGAUUUUGAUCUGCAGAUUGCUAAACAAGAUUAUUAUACAGCAAGACAAGAGUUAGUUUUAAAUCAAUUAGUAAAACAAAAGGCAUCAUUUGAACUUCUACAGUUAUCAUAUGAAAUUGAAUUAAGAAAGCAUCGGGACAUAUAUCGUCAACUUGAAAGUUUGGUUCAAGAACUUAGUCAAAGUAACAUGAUGCUCUACAAGCAAUUAGAAAUGUUAACAGAUCCAUCGGUUUCUCAGCAGAUAAAUCCAAGGAAUACCAUUGAUACUAAGGAUUAUUCUACUCAUAGGCUUUACCAAGUUUUAGAGGGAGAGAAUAAGAAAAAAGAAUUGUUUCUAACUCAUGGAAACCUCGAGGAAGUGGCUGAGAAAUUGAAACAGAAUGUUUCUUUAGUACAAGAUCAGUUGGCAGUAUCUGCUCAAGAACAUUCUUUCUUUCUGUCCAAACGGAAUAAGGAUGUGGACAUGCUUUGUGAUACUUUGUAUCAAGGAGGAAAUCAGCUUUUGCUUAGUGAUCAGGAGUUAACAGAGCAGUUUCAUCAAGUUGAAUCUCAACUGAAUAAGCUAAAUCAUCUCCUCACGGAUAUUCUUGCUGAUGUGAAGACAAAAAGAAAAACUUUGGCAAAUAAUAAAUUACAUCAAAUGGAAAGAGAAUUCUAUGUAUAUUUUUUAAAAGAUGAAGAUUAUCUGAAAGAUAUUGUGGAGAAUUUAGAAACUCAAUCAAAGAUUAAGGCUGUUAGUCUUGAAGAUUGAAAAUUACUGAAAACUGAAUAUUACAUGUCCUCUUUUAUUUAUUAGAAGACUGUGUAUAAUAAACACUACUAAAUUUUUAAAAUUUGAGGUCAAUGGAACAUUUCAUUUGAUGAAUUCAACUAUUAUAUUAAUUUGGCUUUUUUCUCAUGUAGUACAUUCAGAAUACCAGUGCUUUUUAUGACUUGAGCAUGUGUUUAGUGGUACUUACUCCUGGUAAUUUUUUACUUACAGGGAAAAAGCAUUAUUACAUAAUACAAAUAUUUUUUAAUAUAGUUAUCUCUCUACUUUUUAGAAAUAGAAAUUUUCUGCUGUUAAAUUUUUUUUGAGACAGAGUCUCACUCUGUCUCCAGGCUGGAAUGCAGUGGCACGAUCUUGGCUCACUGCAACCUCUGCCUCCCGGGUUCCAGUGAUUCUCCUGCCUCAGCCUCCCAAGUAGCUGGGACUACAGGCGCACACCGCCACACCCAGCUAAUUUUUUUGUAUUUUUAGUAGAAAAGGGGUUUCACUAUGUUGGCCAGGAUGGUCUCGAUCUCUUGACCUCUUGACCUCUUGAUCCCCUCUCCCAGCCUCCCAAAGUGCUGAAAUUACAGGCAUGAGCCACCACGCUCAGCCGCUAUUAAAUAUUUUAAAAUGUAUAGAACUUCUAGUCAGCAUUUUUAAAUCUGUAGACCUUAAUAUGUGAAAUAGCCAAGUCCCCUCAUGUUUGACUGUCAAAUAAAAUUCUGCUGCUCAAAUUGUAUUCCUCCAUAAUACCCUGCUAUAGACCUUUAGGCUGUUUUAAUGUCCCUACUUGUACCACAGAGUAUUAGGACUUCUUGGCCUGCCUUCAUUCAUUUUAGAGUCUGAAUUCUGGGGACUCAAAAGUUUCUACAAGACAGCUGAGCAGUGCUUUGACUUUAAUGAGACUUACACGUCAUAAAUGACUUUCAAAUGAAAUUUGAAUUUCAAAAUUCUGUAAAAGUGGUUGCUCAAAAGAUGUAUGAUACUAUUUUAAUCAGUUUAACAGCAAAAAUGUUUAAUUGUAUUUAACAAUGGUAUUUGGGCAGCCAGAAAAUAUUUUAAGCGUUGCUCUAAAAUAAUUUGAAGUAGCUCAUCUGUUAUUACAUCAGAUGCUUCUUGAGUGCCCAAUUUAUACAUGGCCUGUGAUAAAUACCAUGUGAGCUUUGUAGGAAUACCUUGAAGAAUAUUCCUCACCAGUUUGUAAUAUGGAAUGCCAAUCUAAAAACUACAUGUUUUGGGUGGUCUUUAUGGAAUUUUUUAGCUAUAACCAUCAGAAAACAGGCAUACCUAGAUGACAGAUGAAACUUCUUGAUUUUUGAAACCCAUUGAACAAAAAUAUUUUGCCAAUUAUUGUGUUUAUGUUAUUUAAAAUUUUAUGUAAACCUUAAUUUUGUAGGAAUAAAUUUUAAGAUUUUGCUAUCA